GCCGCUUUCGCUCGCUUUGGCUUUCAGUGCGAGAUGAGAUCUCGUGGCUGAUGGACGUGCUAGAUUUCCACGUUUCCAGUGCAGCACCAGCGCCACACAUUGAUACUGACACUUGUGGCACUGCCUCAUCAUUUUGUGAUGGAUUGCCACGAAAAUGUGGCUUAAAGUUUCAUUUUAAACAUCAAUUCUAACAAAUGUGCGACUGAGAUAGUGCGUUACCAAACCCCUAAAAGCGGAAACCAACACCAACAGAAACAUCAAAAACGAGGGGGAACGCUGAAUACUCCAACAAAGCACGACUUCACCCGCCAAAAGACCAGCCAAAACAACACAACCAUACCAGCAAUCAUCAUAGCAACAUCCACAAGUUUCCUUUGCAAUAGAACCAGAAGCAGGACAGACAUAAGUACCUUCCACCCGCCCCAAAGCUUAAGAGCGUCAGACAAACCAGCAACAGUAGACCCCAGGGCGAAGGAGCAGAAGCCAAGCCGUAUAUAAAAAAUAUCCCAGCAACUAGCGGCUAGCGACGCAAUGCAAUCAUCGACUGAUGCGGGCAAUGGUGGACCAAGAAAAUUCUCGCAGAGCACAGCACAGCAGCAGCAGCAGAAACAACAGUCGGAGAUUAGCACAGGAGCAGCGAGCGGCAGUGAGACCACCUCUUUCACCAUAAACGCCAACAAUCAGCCGCAACCUCAGCAACAGCAUCCUGGUGGCAUCAACACACCCAGCAAAAAUCCCUUCAAGCAACAGUUGGACAGCAAUCAGCAGAAUGGCAAUAUGGACACGGACUGCGGCAUUCUCGGCGUUGGUCGGCAGCCUCCGGCCCCGCCACCACCCACGUAUCAGUCGCAGACGCAAACGGGCCGCCAACCGCCGCCGGAUCAGUAUCGCCAGGAGGAUCCACGCGCUGCCGGGUCCUGGUCCACCGCCAAGUCCUGGAUGGUCAGCUGGCGCGGCUCCAACCGUCUUGUCCUCGUCAUCGUUGCCAUAGCCCUGCUCCUCGACAACAUGUUGCUGACCACAGUGGUGCCCAUCAUACCCGAGUUCCUGUACGACAUACGACAUCCGGAUGCCCCGCUCGACAGCUAUGCCCGCACACCACUCACCUUUCACACCCCGCCACCGCCCACGCCGUGUCCGUGCAACAAGGAUGGCAGCGAGGCGGCUCCCCUUGAGAUCUCCACCAUGAGUCCAGAGGAGAACGAGACCUACUACCGGGAGCUAGAGGAACGGCAUAACGAGCUGGUUGGAGAGACGGUCGAGGUUGGCCUGCUGUUCGCCUCGAAGGCCUUCGUCCAGCUGCUGGUUAAUCCGAUUGUGGGACCCCUUACGCACCGCAUUGGAUAUAGCAUACCGAUGUUCGCCGGCUUCGUGAUAAUGUUCCUCUCCACGAUAAUCUUCGCAUUUGGUCGCUCCUAUCUGGUACUGUUUGUGGCCCGAGCUCUACAGGGAAUCGGUUCGUCCUGCUCUUCGGUGUCGGGCAUGGGAAUGUUGGCGGAUCGCUUCACGGACGACAAGGAGCGUGGCAAUGCCAUGGGCAUUGCCUUGGGCGGCCUGGCGUUGGGCGUUCUCAUCGGCCCGCCCUUUGGCGGUGUCAUGUACGAGUUUGUGGGCAAGUCAGCUCCAUUCCUGAUACUGGCUGCCUUGGCUCUGGGCGAUGGCCUGCUGCAGCUGUUCAUGCUGCAGCCAUCGGUGCAGAAAUGCGAGUCCGAGCCGCCAUCUCUGAAGUCGCUGGUCAGUGAUCCGUACAUACUGAUUGCCGCUGGGGCGAUCACGUUUGCCAAUAUGGGUAUUGCCAUGCUGGAACCUUCGCUGCCGUUGUGGAUGGUUGACAACAUGGGAGCCACUCGCUGGGAGCAGGGCGUGGCCUUCCUGCCGGCCUCCAUUAGCUAUCUGAUUGGCACGAAUCUCUUCGGACCCCUGGGACACAAGAUUGGACGCUGGUUUGCCGCCUGCCUCGGCCUGAUCAUCAUUGGAGCUUGCCUGAUCUUUAUACCCAUGGCCACUUCUAUCACACACUUGAUUAUUCCCAACGCCGGCCUUGGCUUUGCCAUUGGCAUGGUCGACUCUUCGAUGAUGCCGGAGCUGGGCUAUCUUGUGGACAUCCGACAUUCAGCCGUCUAUGGCAGCGUCUACGCUCUGGGUGACGUGGCCUUCUGCGUGGGCUUUGCUGUGGGACCUGCUCUGUCCGGCUCCCUGGUGAAGAGCAUCGGUUUCGAGUGGAUGCUGUUCGGCAUAGCUAUUCUCUGCUUCAUGUACGCCCCGCUCCUGACUUUCCUCAAGAAUCCACCGACCAGCGAUGAGAAAAAGUCAUUAAUCUACGGACGCGAUCGAGAACAGGUACGUUAUGUCACCUAUCAGAACUACGACGAAGACGAAUAAAGGCCGAACCGAACCCCACUAUGACUAAAAAUAAACUCCAACGCAAUGUCGCCGAAAGAGUGACCAAAAAUUACAAAAAAAUAUGUGAAAGAAGAUGCAAAACUAAGUAAACGACAAAAAAAAAAGAAAAGGAAACACAACCAACAAUAUCAGAAAUAUCAUAUGCAAUUUCAAAUGAAAUCGUUAUUAUUGUUCAAUGUUAUGGUGUUAAAUAACCCUUCUUCUACUAUCAUAUCGAAAAGAAACCUCCUAUAGAUCCACAGCUACAAACCAAGAAAUCGCACACGUUAAGAACAAGCACAGCCCCAAAACUUAAAUGCAUUAAUCGGAGAAAAUGUAGUAUUUAUAGAGUUCGGGGAAGACGGGUAAAGUUUAGUUUUGACUGGGAACGAAAUAUCAUAGACUUCUUCUAUGUGUUUGAUGAGAGUCCCUCCAAAACAACGAUCUUAAGAGCCCUACUAUAUACCGGAGGCAAUUUAGUGACCAAAUGUUUAUUAUUGAAUUAAUUGGAACUAUUGAAAAACGAUCUUAGAGUUUCAUUACAAGUUGCAGUCGUUGCAUCGAACACAAACAGAUGCAACUGUAUGUAUUUAAAGUUUGCUGAGCUUUUAGGAGUUCUAUCCAAAACACUACUCCCAGAUUAGGUUUUAUUUCUGUGUCAAAGGCGCCUGCAAUUGCAUUGAUUUAAUGGGGGGGAAUCUAGGAUAUCUUAGACUGUCCUCAUAUACAUUGGAAAAAUAACGAACACAAUCUGUGGAAACCUACACUUUUUUAUUGAUUUUUUUUCCUUUCUACCCAAUUUAAAACAAAAGUCCGAGAACUUUAAGUCAGCUUAAACGAGUGCCGCAUCUGGGAACGAUUCGACGAGUACAUACUUAUGUAGGUGGGGUCAAGAUCAGCUCAACUCUGGAACACAUUCCCGUUGCGUUCCGUUCUGAAUUUACCCGCCUGAAGAGCAGGGUUCCAGAAUUUUCCUGACAUCGAUCCUACCUACAAUCUCUACCUCUACUCGUACAUACGCAUCGUACGCGAGGUGUUAUCCGCAUAGACGUUGAUAUUGACAUUCAAGGACUGCACAGAGCUGUCCUCCCCCUGUCGCAUCCGACAGGCCGCACUUGGGUCAUUGAGAACUCCAUGUCCCUGUCACCCGGACCCGAGGUGGUUAUCCUAAUGGGGAUGUUAUUUAGCCUGGUGAGAAUGGGGGAGUGGGAGCCAGAGCUUCCAUUCAGCUUCUUCUGCUCGUUCAGCCCUGUGGCCGAUGGCCGACGCAGGUUGGAACUGCUACCAUUGGUGGUUACCGUCACAUGGAUGUUGCCAUUCGACGUGCCCGAACUGGUCCGCUCUAGACUACUGGGAGGAUUGACAGUAGGAGCUGUGGUAAACAAGGCGACGGGAGGCACAGUGGGAGCUGUAGUGAACAGGGAGACAGGAGGCACAGUAGGAGCUGUGGGUUUCUUUAGGCCCCUCAGGGACGUCAGAUUCUUGGAGCAGUUCUGAAGACGCUGUGCCCGCUUAAUGGCCGCAGCAGGCGGGCGGUCCAGGAAGGGGACCAUCCCGGGCAGACGAUCGUUGGAGGUACGUCUGUUCAAGUGAGAGGUCAUCAUCAGGGGGGAUGUGGGCAUGGCACGCAUCGGUACUUCCUGCCGCUUCCACUGUUCCCGUCGUACCCGCUUGGUACUCAUGGUACUCUCUUCGUCGUUGCGACUCCCUUUCCAGCUCUCUGAGGCGGUCUUUCUCCCUCUCUACCUCGAGCUCGAGGAGGCGCUUGUAUUCCCUUUGCCUCUCCUGCUGGCGCAGAUUUUCUCGCUCCCUCUCCCGCUGCCUGGCGCGUUCUUGCUGCAUUUUCAGCUCCUGAUCCCACUCCCGUUGAUUGGCCUCCUCGUCCGAGCCUCUCCUGGGCUUUUUGUCGGCCACAUUGAACUUGGACAAUCGCUUGUCUAUAUCGAAGGUGACAGGGCGGGCACUGCUGGAUCGCUUACGUCUCUCCGGCUGCUUUGCCUUCUCCGUGUUGUUCAGCAGACAAUUGUCCGUCCCAAUCUUGAUUGUUAAAUUGUUGUCCGUCUCCGAUUCCGAGUCCAAGGCGCCGAUGUUGAUGUUGAUCUCGCAACCACUGUAGCCGCAUCUCUUAGGCAGCAGCUGGAUGUUGGAACUGUUUCUAGUGGCAACGGAUCGUUGCCACUCCCUUUCCCUCUUGUCAAACGAGGCCACAGAGGCGCUCCUAGGUACUCCAGUCUUCAGCACAUUACCGCUGCCACUCCGCAACAACGACGAGGUGCUCUGGCCCCGAACCAUUGCCUGAUAAUCGCCACGGUUGCAGCAGCUCCUCAGAAGUGGAGACUUCGUCACCUCUACGGGAGCCUUGGGCGAGAGCCGGCGUGGUGGCUGAGGUACCGUUGAGACACUGCGCACCUCUGGCAGGCGCUGGCAGACGCCGGAGAAGGUUCGUCGAAUCGGAGUGGUGGGAAUGGACUGGAAGUCCCGCAGGAACUUGCGGCGCCUGUGUUCCGUGAAGGCCGUGGUACUCUGCGGACCCGGCUUCGCGCUCGGUGCGUACUCGGGAUCGCUGGAGAACUUGGGAUUGCGGUAGAAUGUCUCGAAUUUCGGCGUUUGGCAGGGGCGCGGCUCUGGCUCUGGCCUCUGGUAGUGCUGUACUGGGUAGACGGGUCGAUCGGCAUACCGAAAAUUGUACGAUUGAAUUUUAAAUGGAUCGCCGCGAAAGAUGUCGGGAGUAGUUCGAUUCGGAUGCAGUCCAUCUGCAGAGAAAGGGACUAUGUUAAUUAAUAUGGACUGUUUGGGCCGAGACGAGGAGGCCCUACGCAUUGCAUGACUCAUUUCGUGCUAGUAAUUUUGUGCUUUCCGAGGACGUUCUGCCAAGGGAUUGGUAAUAUUGCAUUCCAAUCAUAAAAAUGAAAAUUUUUUGUUAAUGUUAAAAGAACUCCAAAGAAAAUGUGUUUCAUUGAUGUGAAACCGAAAAACCAGGCACUCUUGUUCUCUCCGAUUCUCGAAUUCUGGAAGACAAAGUGUUGCCCGCUAAGAGGCUCCCCAGCCCCAUUAAAACUUUUUGGCAAUACGGCGUGACAUUUGACACGGGCUUUAUCGGGCUAAUCGAUAUCGAACCCGACCUUCUUUAAGUAAAUCAAUUUAAAAUUUAAAGUUGUUAAAGUUAAAUUUAUUUAUCGGAUUCUAGUUGAAUAUCCCAGUAACAUAUACUCCUAAACUAUCACACAUUAUUAUAUACGUAUAUUCGCAAUACACUCUUGUAAAAUUGUUGCCCACAUAGCACACACACACACAAGUUAUCUGACACAUUUAGGGAAAUCUUAUAGGCUUGUGGUACCAACUGUACUUGGAAUCCAUUUCCAUAGCAUAUACGAAUGGAUAGGCUAAGAUCGAAUCCAGUGAAAUGCGUGCACAAUUUGUGAGUUUUUAUUUGCAUUUUAUGUUUUCAAUUACAUUUACAAGUGGGGAAUAAAAUCGCAAAAGUGAGUUACCCCACAAACUUCAUUCAAACAACAUAUAGUUCUUUCGUAUACAGAGAGUCUCGAACUACGAGUAUUCACACCCAAAAUUUUAAUGUUUCCCUCAUGCGUAUUAACGAUUUCGUUCCCCGACUUACUCAGAUCAACUUGGAUCAAUCGGAUACUGCCGCAAGACUCUUGAAUGGCUGCAAGUGUCUUUAAGUGUUGUGAUCACGUACAGGAUCAUGUAAAAUCCCAAAAUUGUAAUGCAACAUAGCGCCACCUGAAUGGGGCCACCUUAGAAUACAUUUUUGUGCACGCAUUGAGCAGGAUCCAUAGAGGUAAAUAGCUCUGUAGUACUAGGCCAGAUCGGUAAAACGAAGAAAGUUGAAAAGCAAACAAAAUGUAGUAAAUCGCAGGUAUACAAUGAGGUUAUAUUGAAAAAUUUUACAUACGCAUAGCUGAAGUACUUGCUGAUUAUCAUCGUUGUUCCAUUGUUGUGAAACUUUAACUAUACAAACAAUAUCUAAUACCUACUCGUAUUGACUUGUAAUCCAAUCAUAAUCCACAUAGACGUUGACUUUGUGUUCAUUGUAACAUUUCACGCUUUGAAGAAUUGCCGAAUUCAAUCAUGCAAACACACACAUUUUAUAGUAUAUUAACCAAUUCAGAGAUUUGAUAUUACAUAUACUCGUAAAAGGUACAAGAGCAUUGUACAGGGUAUGCAACCUGUACAUCAUAUGUAUUUAAAUGUAUCUAUACUAAUCUGAUAUUUAGCAACAGGUUUUGUUCGGUUUUCAUAAGGUUAUAUUGUACAACCUUGUGCUUUGGUUCCCCGUUCGGGGGACUCAGCAUUCAAUAUAGACGUGUGAAUUAGACAAUAUAGCUUAUAAAUGAACAACAACAAUAUAAAUAUUAUGCAUACUCCUAGUAUAACUCAUAUUGAAAUCGUUAUUGUUAUCUAACUAUGUUUAAAUGUUAAAAAAAAAAGUGUAAUCGUUUGCAAAAUACGAUUUAAAAACACACACAAAAAGCUGGUAUGUGGUCAAACAAAGCUAUUAUGCUACUACAAUUAACCAAAGCGUUUUGUGCACAGUAUUCAAUAUACACUAUACUACGAAAUACACACUAAAAUACUAAAUUUAACAACUUACCGUAUGUAUUUGCUAUAUAUGAGAUAAUCGCACACACAUACUCUCUCUCAAGUUCACAUGCGAAUGACCGCAGGAAAACUAAAUACUAUCUUCGUUUCUAUAGUUUAGCGCGAGCAUAUUAGUCAAAACACAACACAAUAUGAUACGAGCUAUUUAUAUAAACUAAAUUAACCAUAGUCCUUAGAAUAUUAUCACACUUUCACACACUACAAACGAUGUGACGAUGUGUACUCAUGCCAUGCCAUGUUUAGGGUGAGAGCCGGGAGAAACCUAACCAGAAAACUUACUCUUAUUAAGCCAAACGGUGACCGAGUAGAAUAUAUUACCAAAAAACCACUUAUAAAAUUAUAUGAAUACAAUAUUAUAGCUUUUAUAUAUAUAAUCUCUGCACUAGUUGAUGGACAAAUGUUUAUUUCAUAGAGAUACUUAUAACAAGAUAUCGGGAUA